AUGCUAAUUGGUUGUUUUUUCUCCGGGCAGGCGCAGAAGUUCAUCAACGCGUAUGCCGCUUUCUUGAAGCGUCAGGGCAAGCUGCCCAUCCCCGACCGGCCCCGCCAAGGAGCUCCCCCCCAGAACAUUGACUGGUUCUACGUCCGCGCCGCCUCCGUCGCCCGCCACAUCUACCUCCGCAAGACCGUCGGUGUCGGCCGCCUCCGCAAGGUCCACGGCUCCGCCAAGAACCGCGGUGUCCGCCCCUCCCACCACGUCGACGCCUCCGGCUCCGUCGACCGCAAGAUCGUCCAGGCCCUCGAGAAGAUUGGUGUCCUUGAGCAGGACGAGGAGAAGGGUGGCCGUCGCAUCACCCAGUCCGGCCAGCGUGACUUGGACCGUAUCGCCCAGACCACCGCCGAGGCUGAGGAGGAGGAGGAUGACGAGUAA